AAAUUAUUUUUUGAGUAGUAUAUGUAUAAUGAUUAAAAAUAUUAGUCUUGCAAACAUUUUUAAAUUUGCAGGAGGUUUAAAACGCCCAUUGAAAGAAGGAGAACAAAUAUUAAUAAACAAACGUAUUAUUCAAUGUGGCUUUGAAAGUCGUGUAAGUGACAAAAUGAAAAUUGUUUCUCUUUGUAUGUCUUCUUGUCGAGAUAAAACAACUUGUUACAAAGUGGUAAUCACAAUUAAAAAAAAAAGUAUGAUACCUUAUUGCUCUUGUAUAGCUGGAGCAAAUGGUAAAUGCAAGCACGUAUUUGGAACUUUGAUGUAUAUAAAUCGUAUAGGGCUAGAGAACUUGCCGAAUUUAAGUUGUACCGAUUUACAACAAAAUUGGGGUAAAUGGAAAAAGAAGGCAAAUUUUGUUACGGGUGUAUCCAUAAAUAAUUUAUGUCACUAUCAAAAAAAGCAGACAAUCGUAAAAAUGACACAAGAUCUGGAAGACGAUAUUCUACAAUCGCUACUUUCGGGUAUAAAAUUAAUAAAUUAGACUUUGCAUAAGAAAAGGUGAAGUUUAAUAAUACUCGAA